AUGAAGUCCACUCUCGUCCUCCUUGCUGUCGCUGGUGCCGUCUCUGCCCAGACCACCCGGGCCCCGACCUCGGCUGACAUCGACAUCCCCUUCCCCACAAACGACGCCCAGCUCUCAAGCUGGAUCAACAGCGUUUUCCCUACCUCGGGCGUCGUCAUCCCCACCAACAGCGCCGAGCUCUCAAGCUUGCUCAACAGCCUGAGCCUCCUCCCUACCUCGGAAGGUUCCUCGAGCGGCUCUGCCUCCUCCAGUGGCUCUGCCUCUAGGUCAUCCAGCGGCUCUGCGUCAUCCACCGGAUCCGUCACCGUCACGAGCUCUGGUUCCUCCUCCAGCGCCACCGACACCACCCUCUCCAGGUCCACCUCCGCCGACGCCACUGGCACCACUACUUCCAACUCGGAUUCUUCUUCUUCUACUGGUUCCUCCACUAGCUCCUCCGCUUCCGCCACCAGCACCGACGACGGCAACGGUGUCGCCCGGCCCAUGAUCGGGGCUGGUGUCGCCCUCCUCGCCGCCGCCCUGGCUCUGUAA